UUGCCCGGGUAGACCAGACCUUCAAGAUGGCGGGUGCAGCCUCGUGGGUAAGGAAAAGCAUUGAUUUGUCAAGACUUCCCAGAAUAAAGCUAAAUACACUGCAGGACCUGCCUGGGGCAUUGAAAAAGGAGCGUAGAGUUGGACGUGGCCCUGGGUCUAAAAGAGGGAAGACUUGCGGGCGUGGUCACAAAGGCCAAGGUCAGAGAAAUCCUAAAAGCAUUAGGGUCGGUUUUGAAGGAGGACAGACGCCAUUUUAUUUAAGAGUACCGAAACAUGGAUUUAAAAACAAGUUCAGAGUGGAGUACAAACCUUUUAAUUUAGGAUAUUUGCAGCACCUCAUAAACACAGGGAGAGUGGAUCCCUCUCAGCCAAUAGACAUGUACACACUGAACAAGGUCAAUACUCUUGGGCACAUCAAACAUGGGAUAAAACUACUCGCAGACGGUGCAGAUUCGUUCACUUCUAAAGUAGACAUAGAGGUUAGUCGUGCUUCCAAAGCUGCCAUUGAUGCUAUAGAAAGAAAUGGAGGAACGAUAACUACGACUUACUUCAAUAAACUCGGUCUUAGGGUUCACCUGAAGCCAGAGAAAUACGAAGAGGGUAGGAAGCCACGCCAGGCCUUACCGGACAAAUAUGACAUGAGAUAUUAUUUAAAUCCUGAGAACAGAGGAUAUCUUCUAACUGAAAAGGGAGAGCAAAGACUAAAAGAGGGCAAUAUGGCUGGUGCUUAUCUCGGGGAUGAUGGUCGAGUUCAUAUUCCAGGAAAGAAAGUUACUCUUUAUUCUGAACCAUCACCGCCAAAAGAUAAAAGUAAAGGAAGUGAAGAACAAUGACAACAACAACAACAACAACAAUAAUAUGUAUUAAGCACAUCAUGGUCUUUAGUAUAAUAAAGAAUGUAACUUUGACUGAGUCAAAA